AUGGGGCGCCCACCGAAGAAGAGAUCCCGUGUCGAGGACGAUGUGCCCGAAUUAUCGAACAGUAAUGUCUGGCCAAGCCCCGAAGGCACGCCUCCAGACCCAUCAUUUGCCCUUCCAGACUUCGGCAUCAGCCAUGCAGCGCUAGAAGCCCGUGAGUUGUGCCCUCUGAUUUUCUGGCGCAAUCCAAACGAAUCUGGUCUGCCUAUGGACGUCGAACACCAGAGUCUUGCCUGGGGCAUGCCGCCGGAGCGCUUGAAAGACCCGUAUCCUGCUUCUCAGGGUGACUGGCCUGACUUUUCGACUGUUUUACAAUCCGCGGCGGACCCAAUCUCCAGUCCUUUGAACUUUGCGAAUAUCACAUCUCUUCCUCUCACGCCACCUACUGACAAUACCGCCGGUCGCCAAUGUACAUGCCUAUCCUAUCUAUAUCUCUGCCUGAGCCACAUUUCAUCAAUCUCUGCUUUCCCUGUCAACUCACACACGAUUUGCUCUCUGCAAAUUGGGGCUAGGACAGCGCACAAUGUGAUUUCCUGUGAGAUUUGCCCCAAGAGUUUUGCCACCGGUGUCCAAAAUGUCAUGUUCACCGGGGCACUCUUAACAGUACUAGCCGAUGCCUGGCUUCGUCUCGCUCAAAGUAAUCCUAUCGAACUUGGGAUACAACAUGCCCCGCCUGACUAUAUUGAAAAAAUCUCACAUAGCGAAGACCCGGCACAGGGCUGGAGGGAAUGGCUGCAGCAAACUGUUCGGAAAGGUGUAAUAGGAGGAAACCUUGACCCAGAUGCUGUUAGGCCCUGCUCCGGACAGCCAAGCCUCUUGGAAUUAAUUCUUGCCGUCGAGGACCGUCAGCGACGCUGGCAUGAGCCUGGCAACCAUCCUUUGCAUGAUAAUCAUUUCUUGGGGCCCGGAGACCAAAAGAAAGAUUGCCAACCACUCGACGAAAGGAGCCUGCUUUGUAUGCGUGUUGUUGGCAGCGCAAGAGCGGUCCUGGCAAAAUUCAACUUCAAACCAGAAGACUUUCCUGGCGGAGUGGUACCUGAAGGCCUGGAUAUCACAGCCCCUUGA